AUGACUCCCGUCGCUCUAGUAUUGGGAAUAUUCUCAUUCUCGGCCUUUGCCCAAGCGGGUAACACGCCAGGCCUUCCUUUUGUCAUUAACACAUGGGGAGGCGACUUCACCGCUGCCACAGAUGCCGCAUUCAAUUCCCUACAGAAGUCCAAGACAUCCGCAAUUGAUGCCGUUGAAGCCGGCGGCCUAACAUGUGAGCGAAACCAGUGCGAUGGCAGUGUCGGUUUUGGUGGUUCUCCCGACGAAAACUGUGAGACUACGCUUGAUGCCAUGAUCAUGGAUGGUGAUAGCAUGAACACUGGCGCUGUGGCAGCUCUGCGACGGGUCAAGGAAGCUAUCUCCGUAGCGCGACAUGUUCUCGAGUACACCAGUCAUUCGCUCCUCGCAGGUGAUCAGGCCACCCAGUUCGCCAUUGAGAACGGCUUCAAAACGACAAACCUCACGACAAAGGCCUCUGCCAAGAAGUGCAAGGAGUGGAAGGCCAGUAAAUGCCAGCCCAACUACCGCCUGAACGUCAGUCCCAAUCCCGAACACUUUUGCGGUCCGUAUCGCCCUCUGGCAAAGAACAAGCAGACCCAGCAAAAGACUCAGUCUUCACACGAUACUCUUUCUCUCAUUGCCAUCACCAAGGACGGAAGUCUGGCCGCAGGAACAACCACGAAUGGCGCAUCGCACAAGAUCCCUGGCCGAGUCGGCGACGGCCCCAUCGUGGGAAGCGGCUCUUACGCCGACAGUUCCAUCGGCGGCUGUGGCGCCACAGGCGACGGCGACAUCAUGCUCCGCUUCUUGCCCUGCUACCAAGCGCUCGACAGCCUGAGCCGAGGCCUGUCUCCCAAGGAAGCAGCCGAAGACGCUGUGCUGCGCAUGAUUCGCAAGUACUCUGAUCUCAAGAGCGGCAUUGUCGUGGUUGACCGGUACGGAAACCACGGCGCCGCCGCGAGUGGUUGGGACUUCACCUAUAGCUACAGAGGAGGCAAGAUGAAGAAGACAAAGGUGGUCAAGGUGAAGCCGGUGCAGGAGGUCUGA